AUGGAGAGGCACAUGGUCAGAAGACCACUCUAUAAGCACUUUGAUUUGGAAAGGAAGAAUGCCAAGCAGGCUGAAGCCAGACUGAGCCAAAGACUGCAGAGAUUAGAGGAUAUCUGCCUCUACCACAUGAAAUUGCUGACCCGGGAGCAGAGACAGCUCCAAAAAGACCUGCAGAGGUUGCAGCAAGCAGAUAUCAUGAAGAAAAAGUUCUCCUCUUAUUUUGGGAAUGGAAAUCAGAAGAGAGCAGAAGAUGUUCUCAUGUUCUCACCACAAGGAAGACAGAAGCAUAGAGUCCCACAGCCUAAUCAAAUUCGAGCAUUAGGAACCAGUAUGACCCCCAAAAUAUAUAAACCCAAGUCCCAGAUGCCUCCAUCACAUCACUCUGGCCUCAAAGACCCCACGAGGAGUAAAGAGCCACCAUCGUCUCAAAACGACAGAACUGCCUUCUUCACGGAAGAGAAACCACAAGCCCAAGAGAAAGAUUCUGUGAACCCACCUAAGAGCAGAGACUCCAAUAAGGGCAUCUCUGUCCUAUGUCACGAUCAGGAGGUUUCCACCAACACCAUAGAACAAGACACUGAUUCCAGCCCAGCUGGUGACAGCAGACUGUCCCAUGCCGAUGGGACCAGAUCACAAGAUGUCAAUCUAAAGCCAGGGGGGAAUGCUGAGAAACAAACCCCCCCAAACCCCAUGGAAUGUGCAGCAAGCUUCGAAGGCGAGGUCACAAAGCCAACCUUCUUAGAGUUGUUUGCAAAGGCCAAAAACGCCCACUAUCUCCGGCAUAGGGUCCCCCCUGAGUCUGAGAGGUUGCUUAGCAUUGGGGAGAUAUUCGGGCAUGGUGGAUCCUCGUCGUCCAGGGCAGGAAGGGAGGGUGAAAACAGCGUGCCUUCUGAGUUCCUUCCUCUCUAA